AGGAAGUGAACACUACCGGAUUUCGCUUCCCUCUCUAAACUUGUAUUUAUAUACACAACGUUGCUCUUUGCGUCGGAAAGGGGAACUUGCAGCUGCCGAGAGCCGAACCGACGCAACGACACCGGAGGGCGUCUCGUGUUACCGCGAAGCAACACGAUGGAUGCAGAAGAUCAAGACGCGUUGGUCAGGGACGCUGAUCAGCCUGUAGAACCUCCCAAAGGCGUCAUAAAUGAACUGCUGAACGUGGGACAAGACGACAAACUGCAAGGCCAGAUGGAGGAGUUCCUCGGCCCGCAGGCAGAGUACAACGAGGAUGAGGAGGAGAGGAAGUACUACAGGAGGAAGAGGCUCGGUGUCAUCAAGAAUGUGCUCGCAGCCAGUGUUGGAGCCAUGAUUGUGUACAGUGUGUACAUGGGCCUACUGCAGAUGCAGCUGAUCCUCCAUUAUGACAUGACCUACCGCGAGGUGAAGUACAGCAACCUCGGGCUGGAGGACAUCGAUCGCAAGAUGCUGAUGGGCAUCAAUGUAACUCCCAUCAUGGGCCUGCUGUACACCCCUGUACUUAUUAGGUUUUUAGGCACAAAGUGGAUGAUGUUCCUGGCUUCAGGAAUCUACGCGCUCUUCGUCUCGACCAAUUACUGGGAGCGGUACUACACCUUGGUUCCAUCCGCCGUGGCCAUCGGCGUGGCCAUUGUGCCGCUCUGGGCCUCGCUGGGGAAUUAUAUCACAAGGAUGGCGCAGCAGUACUACGAGUACGUCAACUACAAGGAAGACCACGUGCAGGAGCAGAAGAAGCUCCCCAAGGGAGCGUGCCACAAAUACAUCAUCGUCUUCCAGUCGGUCUUCUACAUCGUCUUCCACCUGAGUUUUGUCUUCGCGCAGUUCCCCAUGCGCUUCGUCCUCAACGGCACCCUGCACGAUGACGAGCACGUUCUCUAUAAUGUCCACUCCUGCGGAGCAAACAUUAGUGGGGUGAUCCCCGGCUUCAACACCACUGUGCUGAAGAACCUGCCUCGCUCCAUGCUGCUCAUCCACGUGGAGAGUGUCCUCAUGGGCUUCGCCUUCCUCGCCAUGGUCAUCUUCCUUGCGCUCUGUGGAGCCGCCUACCGCCCGACGGAGGAAAUCGACCUGCGCAGUAUUGGCUGGGGAAACAUCUUCCAGCUGCCUUUCAAACACCUUCGAGAUUACCGCCUGCGACUGCUCUGCCCCUUCUUCAUCUACAGCGGCUUUGAAAUGUUGUUUGCUGUCACAGGAUUUUCCCUGUCCUAUGGCGUCUGCGUUUUGGGCCUGAGGAAGCUGUGGCUCCUCAUCAUGGUCUAUGGCCUCUCCUGCUCCGUCUUCUCCUCCCUCUCCCUCUGCCUGCUGCGCCUCCCGCGCUGGGUGUGUCUGAUGGGCGGCGCGGCUGUGCACGCGGUGCUGCUGGUGGUGCUCCUGGUGUUCUCUCCACCUCCUAAGAGCCCAGAGUAUCUGGGCGCCCUGCUGGUGAUCUCUGUGCUGUGGGGACUCGGCACAGCGCUGAACAAGACGGGCGUCAGCACUCUGCUCGGUAUGCUCUACGCUGAGGAGAAAGAGCGGCUGGACUUUGUCUUCACCAUCUAUCACUGGUGGCAGGCCAUCGCCAUCUUCAUCGUCUACCUGUGGUCCCACCUGCCAAUGAGGGCGAAACUCUCCAUCCUGUUGGCCACUUUAUUGGUGGCCUGCUGCUGUUAUUGGGUGAUGGAGCGUCGGCUCGCCCGUAAAGUGCCUUACAGGCUGCCUCGCAUCCCGCGGCCGCGGCACAAGGUUAAAGGUUACCGCUACCUUGAGGAGGACAACUCAGAUGAGUCGGACUCUGAGAGAAGUGAGGAUGAUGACAAAGAGGAGGAGGAGGAGGAGGACGAAGAGCAUGUGGCGGAGGAGAUGGGAGCAGAGGACAGGAGGGAAGAAGGCCAAGACGAUGGGGUCCAGGGAGUUGACUCACCCGAAGCCAGGAGGAGAGGGGCCGAGGGCCACAGACGGGAGGACGCCCAUGUGAAGGACGGAGUGAGGGAAGAGCGGGAGGGAGGAUGAGAGAGGAGACAAAGGACAAUGAACGAGGGAAGUUUUUGGACUGAUUAAAGGAUUUCUUUUCUGGCACAAGCGUUGAUAAAUGAGUUAUGAGUAAUUAUCCAUUCCACUAUAAUUACAACAGUGAUUCAGAAGAUACGGUCCACAAUUUGUAAGUGCUAUAUUUAUAUUCAACAAUAGGUAUAUCCAUUUUAAAAGGGAUAAACUGCUCACUGGAUUGAAAAAAUAAAAUAACUGCAACACUUUUGUUGUGGCAGCUGUUCUAAUCAUAGAGGUCACAGCAGCGGCUUUAUCAAGAAAAAAACUUUCUCUUCAAACACAAUUGAGUUUCAUUUUAAUUGGACUUCACUGAAAAGAAACCUCAAAGCAACAGAAAAGGGAAUGAGGUAUUGAUUUUCUUAGCGUGUCCUGAGCGUGAGGUGCGUUUGGAUGGAGUCAUAUUUAGCCUGCUGGACGUGAGACGCAUAAGUAGUCUUUGCCACUUCCAACAACUAUUUCAACUUGCUCUGGGUGGAAUCCCACCUGACUUUUCAAUCAACCAAUGUCAAUGCUGCUUGAUUUGUAUUUUAUGUGUGCAGGUUUCCUGAUUUCCCUGAUGUUGCAUUGUUACCUGUUCAUUUAUGUAAUGUCAUUUUACUGACUUAAACAGUGUGGAACCUGAAAA